AUCCUAUGGAAGAAAAGAUGGAUUCUGGUUGUGGAACAUCUUUUUUUUUUAUGCAAGAAAAGAUUAGCACAUUCAUAUCUAAUUCUCGCCAUUCAAACCUUAGUCUGAAUGUUGAGGUUCAUGUCAAACCUGCUAUACCAAAUCCAAAAGUGGAGCAUGAUGGAAAAAACUUCUCCACGGUCAUUGAAAAUAAUAAAAAGGUCUUUGAAGAGGACCUGUUAAAAAUUGGCUCUGUAGUCAGAAUAUUGGAAGAAAAAUGUGUCAAGCUAAAUGAAGAGAAGGAAAAAAUUGAGCAAACUAUGAAAAAAUUGCAAGGUUUUGACUGGCUAGCACAUCUAUAGCUAUUCUUUUUUAUCUGCUGGAAUCAUUGUAAAAAUGUUUUGACAUAUCUAAAGAAUCUACUUGACCAAAUCGACCAUUUAAUUUUGUGACACUGACAUGUCCUUCCAUGCUAGAUAUUACUUGUGUCGUACCAUUAAUUUAUAUGUUGAUUUAGGGAAUUACUAGCAUAUUUUGUUGAGACAUUUAUUUUCUCAAUCAACUUGAUGACCUUAAACAUUAUCUACUUUAUAUUAGGUAUGUAGAAAACAAUCCACAGUAUGCUGAAUCCGGCGUUUACUUACUCAAAUUUCGACAACUGCAGGUAGAAACAAAUUUAUGCAGAUAGCUGAUUAGAUAACGUUACAUUUUUGCACAUUCUUCCACUAAAAUUUGUUUCCAUUUCCAAUAAUUGAGUAAUUUUUUUGUUAUGACAGUCUCGAGCAUUGGGUAUGAUUCACUCUCAUGUACUUUCUGUACUCAAAAGUGCGUCUUCUCAGGUAAAAUAAUGUAGGGGUUGAAUUAAUGCGCUCCAUUGUUUUGUGCUGUUUUGUUGGGUUGGUAGGCCUCUGUUUCUG